AUGUUCCUUCCCCCUUUCCCCCUCCCCGUCCAUCCACUCUGUCAUGGUAUUUUACUUGCUCUCCUCGGUCCCAGUGCCAGUGCCCACUCCGUCGCUACGAUCCCGGCACUCUACUCCCGCGCCGCGGUCCCAGGACUUUACUUGCUCUCCGCGGUCUCAGGAUCCUACUUGCUCUCCUUGGUCCCAGGAUCCUACUCCCGCCCCACGGGGAAGGAGGGGGGUGUGUGGGGGUGUGGAGGAAAGAGGGCGAGGAGGGGGAGGACGUGGACGAAGAUGAGGGGCAGGAAGGAAGGGUGGGGGAGAAAAUGGUGGGGCGAAGGCGGGAGGGGGAGGGCGAAGGCGGUGUGGAGGAGGGUGAGAGGAGGAGCGAAGCGGGAGGCGGUCGGAGGAGCGAAUGGGCUGGAAGAGGAACGAGUGAGAGGGAAGGGAAGGGAAGAGGGCGAGACGGGGGAACCGAUUUCGGGGAGUCAGUCGAAGUGA